GAGCAUUGGAUGACCUGGCAGUAGGCACAGCUGCCCAGGCGCUCGGGCUGGAAGGAGGCCACUGGCAGCAGGCCGUGUCGCUCUUGGUGGGCAGGUCGGAGGGCGGCGCUUUUUUGAGGCGAGCUUUGCUGCGGAGCUGCGAUGCUGCACCCAGGCUGCGUACCCAGCAUGGCCCACGAAUAGUUGUAAUAUCCUAG